UUGGGACUGCGCUCCUCUCGCUGCAGACACACACUCUCUCACACGCAGUGAAAAGCUCCAGCGCCAAGACUCCUGCAGCAGAGGAGCAGCCCAGUAGGAGCUUCUGUAAGCAGUUAUCAAAGGAGUAAAAAAGGGGGGGAGGUCCCUCUGGAACCUGAAGCGCUCCAGAUUAUGAUGGACUGUCUCGUCAUGAGUUGCAAUUCGGGGCUUUUCUGAGAGGAUCCAGCAAUGCUGCGCUCAGACCAACUCUGAACUCUCCUCAUUUGCAAGCUUUUUUUUUGUUGUUGUUGUUGCGUGUUUUCGUCUGAAACGCGCUGCGGCCGAUAGCGCGAGAGUUCCUCCAGCCUAAGACCGUUUCAUUAGCAGAGAAAAACUGAUCUGCGGUUUGGAUCCUCCUCUGGAAAUAUGAAUGGAUCUUAUUUCUUAAACUGAGAUUCGGCGCCCUGGAUUGCCGGGAGUACCCACGAAGAGAGCAGGCUGCAUGUCCACGAACUGUGCGCUCUGGGACUUUUUGGCAAACCUCAGCGCGUCAGGCGACGCGAAGAGAGAGCCGUGCGUAAAAAUAACACUCAUCGCCAGCUGGUGACAUUCAAAAGUUGGAUUUUGCUCAUUCAUUCCACGCUGCUCUCCCUCGGCUGCUGUCAUCCUAAGUGAAGACAGUUCGCCGCGUCUUCCAGUCCCCCCCUCCACGGGUAACCAUGACAACCUAAAGAAACCCAAAGUGAAUCCAGGGAACGGGGUGAGGCAGCAGAGCGCUUGAAUAGAAGGCUUUCCCCAUUUUUUGCGCUUUUUUUGGGUGCAGGUUUUGUAAAGCUGAGCUUCAUGUCAUCCAAACCCAACAGGCUCUAUUAAAGGUAAUCGCUUUUAGUUUGGGAGUGAACUUAUGACGCGUUGCCUUGCAGACAGCACAGCCACCCUGAAAAGAACUGAAUAAAUAUUUUCCCUCCACCAGAGAAGAGCCAGUGCGCGUAUCAAGGAGGAAUAAUGGGCCUCUCACAAACGCUCCUGGUUUACGCGCUGGUGUGCGUCCACCUCGGAGUGUCCCAGCAUUUCUUUCGCCUCCGUCCGCUGCCCAGCGAGCACCUCCCCGUCCCCGACCUGAAGGAGGACCCCGAUCCGGAGUACGACCCCCGGGAGCAGGACUUGGCCGAGAAGCCUCUGAGGAAAAAGCUCGGCAGCCACUUUGACCCAAACUUCAUGGCCGUCAGCGCGCCGCAGCCGGCGAACGUCUCCACCACGGACGCCCAGUGGAAGCCGCCGGGCCACAUGCCCAACGAGAUUAAAAAGCUGGACCUCACGGAGACCCCCUACGGGAAACGGUUAAAAGUGGGCAAGAAAGCGCGGAGGAAAUUCCUGCAGCUUCUGUGGACCUACACGUACUGCCCCGUGGUGUAUACCUGGAAGGACCUGGGCGUGAGGUUCUGGCCGCGCUACAUCAAGGAGGGGAACUGCUCCUCCGAGCGCUCCUGCUCCUUCCCUGAGGGCAUGUCCUGCAAGCCCGUAAAGUCCAUCAGCAAGACUUUCCUGCGGUGGUAUUGCCAGGGCUUUCUAAGACAGAAAUACUGUACGUGGAUACAGGUGCAAUACCCAAUCAUCUCAGAGUGCAAGUGUUCGUGCUGAGUUUACUCCAAGGAAGUGGACUGGAAAUACACUUUCAAUUGCACUGUUAACUCUCUACAGAGGUGGGCACCAUAGCAGAUCUAUUUUUUUAUAUGGCAUUUAAGUGAAAUACCAACAAUGUACAUAUUUAAGGGAAAAAAGCAGCUAUUUUUUCUAAUUGAACUUGGACCAUAUUCAAACAUUGUUUAUUUUUUUUCCUCCUCCCGGAGCACUUCACGAGGAAGAGCUUUUUUUUUAUAUAAAUAUAUUUUUAUGAGACAUUGAUGAAGGAAAUCAUAAUAUGCUACACUUCUACAAGAGGUGACCUCUUUCUCUUCAACUGAACAAUGAUGCUGUCUGUUAUUUCACUGCAAUGCUGCCUAGAGUUUUUGUAUAAUAUUAAUAUCAAUAAUAAUUAAACUGUAAAAAAAGUUGAGGUUAAAGAUAUAUAAAUAUAUAAAUAUAUAUAUAAAGGCGUGAACUCAGCUUUUCUUUUUUUUUGAAUACUUAGUAUUGUAGGAAUAAGCAAAUCUGUAUGUUUUAUUUAUUAUUUUAACGAUUUGUGAGUAUAGAGCAUAAGGAAAGAGAAUAGCAGAAUAUUACCAGAAAAAAAAUAUGGAAGAUGUCUACUUGAAUAUUUCUAAAAGUGACAAAAAAAGAAAUAAAGAAAAAAGUAAGGCAUAUCAGUGUAUAUGUUAUGGUUACACGUGUUAGCAAUAAAGUCUAUCUUUGCAAUGUG